AUGAUUUCAGGUUUCCCGUUUGCUCACUGGCUCCGGCCUUUGUUUCUCGGCAGCUCUUCCCCGGCUCACCCCACUACGAAUGACGUCGCCCUCCCCUGCUCGGAGGCCGACGUCAAGGCUCACUUCCCGCACGCGACCAAGGCGCAGCUACGACACAAUAGACCGUCAUGA